AGAGCAGGAAGGAAGCCGAGCUGCUCUCGCUUCGCUUUCUGUGGGGCGGCUGCAAAUCCGACCUCAUUAACUCAGGAGCGCUCAGAGGGACCCAAAAAUGACGCCCCAAACCCCCCCUGAGCCCCCCAAAUGCUGCUGCUUCAACAUCAAGACAGCGACAGUGGCCCUGGGGAUCUUCCAUAUGGUCAUGAGUGUCCUGCUUCUGAUCGAGUAUUCCCUGGAGGUGGCCAAUGGGAAGGGCUUCUGCAAAGACCUGGACAAGGAUUACUACAGAAUUGCUGAUAUCACCACCAGUUUCCUGCUGAUCCUUAUGCUGUUUGUCAUCAGCUUCCACCUCCUGCUCGGGGUGCUCAAGAAGAGGGAGCGGCUCCUGAUCCCCUUCCUGGCUCUGCAAGUCAUCGAUUUCCUCCUCAGCCUCCUGACCAUGUUCAGCUCCUACAUCCAGGUGCCAGCGGUCAUCUCCGUGUCCUCCCUGAGCCACACGCAGGGCCACUCCAGGACUCCCCUGCUGGCGCUGCAGCUGCUGGAUUUCUGCCUGAGCAUCCUCACCCUGUGCAGCUCCUACAUGGAGGUGCCCACCUACCUCAGCCUCAAGCCUGUGGACAGUGGGGGCUCUUUGCCAGCCCUGGAGAAGCUGCCAGCAGAGGAAUAUGCCAAAGUGAUGAUCACCUUCACCAUCGCCUUUGUGGCUGUGCUCGUCCUCAAGGCCUACAUGUUCAAAUGUGUCCUGAGCUGCUUUAAGUUCAUCAAAGCCAGCAGGAGGGAGGAGGUGAAAGUGGAGCCACACGCAGUGGAAAAGGCUGUGCUGCCAUCCUAUGAGGAAGCCCUGGAAUUGCCUUCCAAGGAUUGCCCCCCUCCCUACGUGACCAUCUGAGCCCAGUCUGGGGGAGAGCUGACACUGGGUGCUGCUGUGCCUCCCCCUGGCACAGCCCCAGUCCUCACCCAGAGCAGUUCCCAGCCUUUUCCAGCCACAUCCUGCCAGGGAACUGCUGGAGUCUUGUCCUGCUCUGGCACCCCAACUUCCUGACCCUGGCACCUCCAUUUCCUGACCCUGCCACCCCAAAUUCCUGACUCUGGCACCCCAGUUUCCUGACCCUGCCACCCCAAGCUCCCGACUCUGGCUCUGGUUGCCAUCCCUGGAAUCUGGGAUUUGGCUGCUGUGGUGCAGGGCUGGCCUGAGCCCUGCCAGCUUUGCUCUGUGCCACAAGGAUGGUGGUUCUCCUCUGGCUCAGCAGGGAGACCUUUAGGAAGUGGAAUUAAAGGAUUGUCCUGGUUUAGGGCAACUUUGGGAGAAAAACUUCUAAAGGGGUUUCUUCUAGAAAAACAAAUUCAAGUGGUUCCUCCUCUAACUGGUUCAGGAAAAAGAUUUCCUUGGAGAAAAGUGGAAAAAACUAUUUAUUUAAUAGGCAAAGCAUUCAUCAGCACAAAAAAAUAAAAAUAUUAAACAGUAAAACAACUUGCCACUCCAAAAGAGACGAUAAACUCACAAAGUCCCCUUCGUGGGCUGUAGCUCGGCUCGCUCUUAUCGGUCCCUCUGGCCAAAAUGGAAAAUGGAAAUGUUCCAUAGGACAUGGAAAUCCCAUGUCAAACUAUGACAGGGUGAAUAGGGAAGGAAUUUUCUCUGGGAUAACCCAGCCCUGCAGUUCCUCCAGCAGAAUUCCUACAGCAAAGGGAUCAGCAAAAAAUCUCCUGGGAAUUGUAGCCCUCACCCUGUCUGCUUGUGGUGAUUGACACAAUCCAGAAUAUCCAGCUCUGCUGUUUCAUACCUGAGUGGGUGCAUUUUUCUCUGCUUUUAUGUCACUUGGAAGAUGAGUUUCAAUUAAAAUAAAAAUGUUAAUGGCUUCCAAA